AUGAUAGGAACUAUUCUCUCGUAUAUCGUCUCUAUUGCAAUCACAUUUAUCGUCUCCAAGUUUGGUCAAAAGCUGGUAUGGCACAACAAAAAGGAAGAUGGCACACUGAAAGCGCCAUGGGCACCAAGCCCCAAAGGUCUGUCGUGGUUCACUGGCGGCUAUGCAGAGUUUGAACGAGAUACGUACCAUGCAUUGACACGCUGGUCCAAGCAAUUAGGCGACUUGUUCUCGGUGAGAUUGGGAUUCAAGAGAAUUGUGGUCUUGAACAGUGCUGAAUUGGUGCACACAGCGUUGAUUGAAAAGGAACAGUUGAAUUCUUCCCGUAUACCCUCUGAUACGUUCGAGAAGUUGCAGACAGAUCAAUGCAAGACCGUGUUCACGGCUCCCUUUGAUAAGUACUGGUCCAGAAUCAGAAGAGCAACAUACAUCGUGGUGGGUAGAUUGUACGCACCUCAAUUCUCAAAACUGUUCAAGGAGCAAGCAAAGAAAUUAACUUAUGGCAUUGGGCUCGAGGAAGGGAAUGGCAAGUUGACUGCAAAGCAGCUGCGUCAGUUGGUGGACAUGGUAGCUAUGGAUUCCGCUCUGACCAUGGUGAUGGCAUCGAGCAAGGACGACGAGAGAGACCCGGUGGCCAUGAUGACCUUGAUCCAGAAAUGCCACGCUCUGGAGGAGAGACAAACACGUAAAUACAACCGCAUGGGCCAGUUCUUCCCUGCCAUGAAUAGCUGGUUGGAUGUCAAGAGCCUAUUCACCUUGGAUUCCAGAAAUUUAGAUUUGCGCAACGAGAUAUUGGCGGUGGUGCUUCCUUGGUUCGAGCAGGUGUACAAAUUGAAAGGGGAUGUGCCUUUGAGUCAGGAGCAAAUGAAGCAGUGGUCAAGCAAUGGACAACUGGACUCUAUCACCAAGAGCUUGCUGAACAUUGAACCAUCCAAGAAUGACCCUGAGCCUGUGCAACUGACCAAAGACGAGAUAUUGGUCAACUCUGUGCACAUGACCUUGCACGCUUAUACUUAUCUGGCAUCAACACUCUUUACGCUGAUCCAACGAUUGGCAACAGAACCAGAGCUUCAAGAGAGAAUCAAGCAAGAAACCACCAAUGAGGACAAGACCUUGGCUUAUGCCUUUGUCAAUGAGAGUUUGCGCUACGAUACACCAAACCACAUUCUCAGCUACGGUCCUCGCACAGAUUAUGAUUUGGAUGUGAAUGGCUCUCUUUAUCGCAUCGACGCAGAUACCGAGUUGGUGGUGAACGUACAUGCUAUCCAUAACGAUACUAGAUACUACUCCAAGCCUCACAACUUUAACCCUGACCGCUUCAUGCUGCCACCCAAGAUGAUGAGCCCUCUUUUGGAGAAUGACAAGAAGCCUGCAAGCGACCAUUUGGCAUUUGGUGCUGGUCGUCGUGCCUGUAUUGGAUCCAAGACAAGCCAAGACUUUUUGGUUGCGACACUGAUUCAACUUGUCAAGCAAUACAAGCUAGUGGGUGGCGAUGUGGCUGACAAGGUGGAGUCUACCACCAGCAUCUGGUCCUGGAUUGGCAGAACGGAAACAAAAGGAUCCACCAUUGAGUUCAUCAAGCGAUAA